CUUUCACUUUCACUAACCGGCGGGACAAGGUGAUGCGUGUGGCUAAGUGCUCCGUCCACAUUAUUCUCGCCUGUGUCCCGUCUAGCCAAUCUCGUCGCAUCCUCAAGCCUCACUUUAUUCACGGCAAUCUUCUUCCAUCACGGAAACGGUCUUCUGCGAUGAGAGAUCGGAAACUGACGGACGUCCCUCGUACGGCGUUGCUGCAGAGUACAAAAGACGAGCAUCAAUUCGUCAUGACAGCAUACGUCUCAACCACAACCGCUCGUCUUCUCUCGCAGCAAUGGACUUCAAGCACUCGGCCGAUCGCUCCUCUUACCAAUCGAUAGCCUCACACCUACCCAUUGGUGUGUUUCUCCAGCCACCAGCCCACAAAUUCGCCAAGCUACGCCUUACCCUCGUACUGUCCAGCUCCCUCUUCGCCUUUGCACUCUCCAUCGUAGGCCUCUACUCGGCACGCAUCCAGCCCAUCAAGCUCUACCAAGACGGCACAAGCGCAAGCAGCGUCUAUGACGUCUUCUUCGGUCUCCUCGCCUCGGUCCUCGGAGGUCUCAUCGCCAUCGGCUUCGGCGCGGGCUUGGGCGCUGUCCUCACAAAACGCUUCUCUGCUCGCGGCGCCGAGGCAGGCCAGUGGCUCCUAGCCCCAGAAGCCCUGCGAGGUCGCCCAACAUGGCGAGCCGGACCCUUGCUCCUUUGCGUCAGCAUCAUCGUCGCAAUGGUAUACGCGCUCAGCCAUGCCGCCGCCACUACCCUCCUCGCCCCGGUCCGCACCGUAUUCAACGAGACGUGGGCUGGCCAAUACAGCGUCGGCCGCCGCUUCGACGUCGCCCUCACGUCGCUCGCGAGCGUUGACGCCGUCGAUCUCGCCGGUCACGAUCCGGCCGAGGUGUCGCAGAUGUACCCGAUCUACCUUGCCCUGGGUCUCAAUCCGGCCACGACUCGGAUAGCGGACACUUUUGGCCCCCUCGCCUUCACGUCCCUCGACCAAAACCCCGCCCAGCCGUACGUCGAGCUCAACAUGUCCCAGUACAUGGUAGUAGACGCCCCACUCAUCCACGCCAGCUGCACGCCAGACGCAAGUUGCGCCACCCUGUCCAGCAGGUGCAAUUUGACCGUAGGAUGGAGCGAGCAAGUCCUCUACCGCUUGCCCGAUACGACACUUGCGCUGGGCAAGCACGAGGGCAUCCAGUCCGUAUGGCAGAGGACGCUCAAUCUCUCUAGCCUGCAGGAGGAGACGAUGCAAUUGUGCAGCAGCAGCGACAAGUUCAAGCAGUCGGCUACUCGCUUCCUCGAGGUUGCCGCGCUCGCAGCGUAUAACAAGACCAUCAACGGGGACAAGAGGGCCUUCGAUGCGCCGAGUUUGAGUCCGGGUCAAGCACAUGGCAGACGUGCUGAUUCGCCACCGGACGUUCAUCCAUCGAAGGGGCUCAUGGCCGUCGUGGAUCCGAAGUGGCACAGCGACGACCACGAUUAUGAGCAAUCAGGACCUGCUCGUGUGCCCGAGACCAUUGGAGUCGAUACGAGCUCGCCGACGGUCUCUGGACAGGCUAUCCCUGAUCCCCCAGCUCGUACGCCUGUGUUUUCCUCAGCAGAUGAGACAAAGACGGCUUUCAGAGAGGUGGACAGCUUCACGGCGCAACAGCAGCAACCCACGCCGAGUGAGACGCCGGUUGGCGCUCCUGCCACGCUGCCCUACUCCGCCAGCAGCAACGAGGGAAACAAUCUAGCAGCCACAGCAAGCUCGGCUGCAUCACAAGUCGUGCAGCAGGCGCAAAGCCAGACUACGCCAGCUCCCGUGGUCCAGGCUCCGGCUCAGGCUUCAAGCUCGAUCUCCGCAGCGCAAGACCUCAGCAGCCAUGUGGGCGGCUUUGGCGUCAUCCAGACCACCGCCGCCGCCGGAACCGGCACAGACGCAUCCGGCCGCAUCGUCAAGGUGAUCGGCCCCUCAGCCACCAGUACAGCCACGGGCGCGACGGGAAGCACAGCGCCGCCUUCCGCUUCCUCGUCCUCGCGGGGCUCCUCCGACCUUUCCGUAGUCCUCUCCGCCCUCCCCGGCACACUCAUCCACUCGGUAGACUACUGGUGUCUCUUCACCCUCGCCAGCCAAGAGUGGUACUGCGCCAUGCUCCUCGCCAUCGCUUCGGCCUGCCUGGUCAUGGCCGCCGCCUGCCUUCGUGCGCCCGUGGGAAUCGACGCGAGCUCGGGCGGAUCCGUCGGGCUGGCUGUUGCGCAGAGUGAGGCGGCGAGGAUUGGGCUGGCCGGGGUGAAAAGCGAGAAGGAGCUGAACAGGCGUGUCGAUGCGUACUCGAGGGGCAUGGAGGAGGGGAGGUUGGGCUGGUUGAGGACGCCGGGAGGGAGGGCGAAGCUAUACCCUGUCACGUCGUGAGCGAGAGUAUCGCUCGUACAGAUACCUCAUCAAUGUCACCGCCACUGUCAUCGUCAUCUCCGGUAGAGCAAUACAUCACACGUAGAACAGCGCCUCGUCUCGCCUCACAAGGGUCAGAGGAGAGAGGUCAAUGCAUCGGGGCUUUGAUUGGAAGAAGCUAAUGCGUCGAGCAGAUAACGAUGGAACGAUGGGCUUCGAAAAUGGGUCCCCCGACCAUGUCCGGGGGCGGGAGCGGGAGAUGCUCCUUGUUACCGCUGCUGUUGUCUUCGAAGCAAUCGACCCAAUAGGGGACGCUGUCGUAGGCCGGCGUGGUGCGCCGGCUGCAUCUCGACGCCAGCAGUGAAUCGAUUGCUGC